AGUUGAUCUUUGAUGGCCGUUUGGCUGUUGGCAUCAGUUGUUCGCUCAUUCGCUCAUUCAUGAGUUGUGUUGUGUGUGAAGUGAUUUGUGUGGUGCGUCAGUAUUAUAGAACGCCAAUACCAAUGUAAUGGCGUUUAUUGUGACAGUUUUGACAUUAACAUUUUCCAUUUUAAUUACACCUUUCCUUUUAUUCUUCCUAGUUAUUGUAUUUCUAGCAUCGAUAGGAAAGUCUAUUGGAGUGAGAAGAAAAUACGUCGACUGUCUUGUAAAAAUAUUUGAGUAUAGUCGAGAAAUCACACUAAAGCGAAAGAGAGGUGUCGAUAAGAAUGAGGUGGAGAGUGAGAGCGCGAGUGAAGAUGAAGUAGAAGAGGUAGACGAGAGAGGCCGCAGCAAAAGCAACAGAGAUGACAAACAGAGCGUGGUCUGCAACAACACCAAGAAUGGAUUCGCGGUUGGCGCUUCCCUCAUCAGUCGCCAGGACCUCAUACUUGUACCCGAUCCAGUCCAGAACUAUGUUGGCAACAACAAUCUCGAAGUUUCAAGGGAAAAAUCUCUGGAUAGAAAGAGCUCGUACGAUUUGCUUGUCAAGAGGGAAUUUGAUCUUUCAGAUUGUCUAUAUCUAGUGAAAACUGGUGUAGAAGCAAUAAUAGAAGAUCAAGUUACUUCUAGGUUCGAAGCAGAGGAAUUGAAGUCUUGGAACUUGAUGACAAGAACCAACCUCAACCACGAGUUCAUCAGUUGGAGACUGACGUUCAUCUGGCUGUUUGGUUUUGCUAUGCGCUAUUUCUUCCUUCUUCCACUAAGGAUACUCAUAUGCUUUUUCGGGGUGAUGUGGCUAACACUUUGCACAGCGCUGGUAGGCUACGUGCCGGAGGGCGCAUUCAAGCGGUGGCUGAACCGACGCGUGAACAUCAUGUGCUUCGGCGUGCUGUCGUCAGCACUUUCGGCCGUCAUCAACUACCACAACCUCGAGAACCGACCCAAACGAGGCAUUUGUGUCGCCAACCACACCUCUCCCAUCGACGUGCUAGUACUCAUGUGCGAUAACUGCUAUUCACUUAUUGGACAAAGCCACGGUGGCUUCCUGGGCAUGCUGCAACGAGCAUUGGCCAGAGCAUCUCCGCACAUCUGGUUCGAGAGAUCCGAAGUCAAGGAUCGUGAAGCUGUCGCCAAAAGGUUAAAACACCACGUGAGUGAUCCCAACAAUCCACCGAUUUUGAUUUUCCCAGAGGGCACGUGUAUAAACAACACGUCUGUCAUGCAAUUCAAGAAGGGCAGUUUCGAAGUUGGAGGUGUCAUCUAUCCUGUUGCAAUAAAGUACGACGUGCGUUUCGGAGACGCGUUCUGGAACAGCAGCCGGUACUCGAUGGUGCAGUACCUGUACAUGAUGAUGUCGAGCUGGGCGAUAGUGUGUGACGUGUGGUAUCUGCCUCCCAUGUACCAGGAGCGCGACGAGAACGCCAUCGACUUUGCCAACCGCGUGAAGCGAGUUAUAGCCAAGCAGGGCGGCCUUGUCGAUCUCAUGUGGGACGGCCAAUUGAAAAGAAUGAAGCCCAAGAAGGAAUGGAAAGAAAAGCAACAAGAAGAAUUCAGUAAACGAUUUAAAAUCGAGUGAAAUAAUCAUCAUGACCAUAACUAGUGAUAAAUGUGCCUAUUAUGUGCUAUGCAUUUUGUGAGAAAGAACUAUUUUUGCUGUAAAGCAAAUCUUGGAUUGGCAAGAAUGAUUGUUGUUGUAUAUGUAAGUAUGUAUGUAUGUAUGUAUGUAUUUGUAUAAUAAAUUAUGUUGAAGCAAUGCAAAAGCAUUUAAAGAUGCCUGAACUUUCUGCCUAGAAUUUUUGAAUACUAGAAGGUUGUUUGUAAAAUAAGGAAUGUUUUUAUUGUCUAUAAAGUGAUGAGCACAAUUUAUUGCAUAUUAAGAGCUACGUGUGUGUAUUUCAUUUGAUAUUUUGUACAGUUGCUAAUUAAUGUGAACUUCAAUAAUUUUAUUUAUUAUUUGUAAAUUAAAAUUAUACCAAAUAAUCGAGUGAA